CUCGUCGGCGCGUCACAAUGGGAUGGAAUCGACCGGGGGACUCGAAGCAGGGGAACACAGAAGGAAGCAAAAAAUCUGUGUGGUUGCCAUGACUGGCGGCGUAGGUAAACGGCUCGCAUGGAGUGAACAAGUUACUUUUGGUGGGAAGCCUAAAAAAGAUCCUGAAAAACCUAAGACGCUGGUUGCCUUUGAGAAGAACUUGGAGCGAAAAGAAAGGAGAGAUUGUGGCGUUCAGUGGGACUUGGAUGUGCAACUCCUCAUCUCUUCUCCUAAAUGGCUUCAGCUGCAUGGGCUCAAAAGGAACAAGUUGACCUUUUCCCAGAUUUUAUCCAAGAUUGGAUUUCAGCACAAAGAAGACUAUGUAUCCAUCCUGGGGAAACUUGUGGCUUCUCGAUACGCAAAUGGGUUGUAUCGUCAAUACAUGACAGGAGAAGACGGCAAGCUGUAUAACCUGACAGCCAAAAAAGACCUCCUCUUUCAUUUUGUGGAUUGUCUUACUGGAGCUAUCGAACUGUAUAAACAAAGGAUGGAAUGGCUAACCACGGAAAGCCGGCAAAUAUUUGGAGUGAUUCAGGAACAGAGCAUCACCAUUGUCCUGGAUUUCGGUGUUGCUUCUAGAGCUGAGUUUGAUCUGUGUCGAGAGGCGCUUUCUAUGGUCUUCAAACAGCAAGUGGCCCAAAUCUCCCGAUUUAACAUCAUUCAGGGGGCUCAAGAUCUUGCAAAGUGGCAAGAGAAAACUGUUCCUGUGUCGGAGGCCUCUAUAGAAGCGGCUGUCGAGUGGCUCUGGGCAAUAGAGUACAGGCCAGCUGUUUGCCACUCGGGCCCCACGGAAGCGAUCAUGGAGGCAUUGUUUGAUGAUACGACCGAGGCCGUGUACUAUUUCACUGUGGGCGAUAUGCCGGAAUGCAUGAGACAUUUGCUCCUGCAGAAGAUAUCGAGGAGCCCGUGCCCAGUCCAUUCAGUGUCUUUUAAUGCUCGAGAAGAAGAGACUAUUGCUUUAUUAAAGGAGCUGAGUCAUCUGACCACUGGCAGGUUCCAUGCAUUUGCUGAAAGAGAGGACUACAUGGACAUGAUAGAAGCCUCAGUAAGCGACGAGGAUGAGAAAGCUUUACUUACCCAGAAUUCGAGGAAACUGAAAGGGAACCUGCCUCUAGGAACUGGGGUCAGAGAAGAUGUGUACCUGAUCUGGAAGGAGAUGGAAGAAGCCAGGAAUACACUGAUACAAGUUCAGAGAAUUCUGAUAGAGUUUGAGCAGUCUGAACUACCUUCAGCCCAAACUGACGGUAUAGUAAAUGAUUCAAGAGCAGAGGAUUAUGUGAAUUCCAAGGAUUGGCUUCAGAAGAAUGGCUUGAAAGCGCAGAGGCUGACCAUAACGAAAGCAUUUGGCGACCUAUCUUUUCGUCAUGCAAAGGGGGUUGUCAACAUAAGAACCAAGCCCCAGGAUGAAUCGGUGCAAACUGAUGCUGAGUCUAACAAGAAGUUAAUUGAUGCAAAAUACUGUGACAAGUUUUUGCACACAGACUUGGAAGAUGGGCCCACACUCCAUAUACAUUUGAAUGGGGAAAGGUGCAAACAGUAUGAAGAUAAAAUGAAGACAGUUCUCGAUCAAAUGGAACUAAGACUUCAGGAGCUGAAAAAAGGGAGCAGAGCACUCUUUGGAGACGUAACUGAAGAUAACAUCUAUUUUCUCAUUGAUACAUCCCACUCUAUGAAAGACAAACUGCCCGUGGUGAAGCAGAAAAUAUUUCAGCUCAUGCGGGAACAACUGAGAAACAAAACCAAAGUUAACUUUGUUAAAUUUGACACUGAGGCAGUGGCUUGGAAGGAGGAACUUGCUAUAGUUAAUGAAGAAAGUUUGGAAGAAGCUCUACUAUGGGUAAACGAUCUGGAGAUUGGAAGUUCUACAAAUACCCUGAAAGCACUUCAGAUUGCCUAUUCUGAUAGUGACACUCAAGCCAUUUAUCUUCUCACUGAUGGGAGACCUGACCAGCCCCCCGAUAGAAUUCUAGACCAGCUCCAGCUUCACCGAAACAUUCCAAUUCACACUAUUUCCUUUAACUGUGAUGAUACCGGAGCAAAUAAAUUUUUAAAUGAAUUGGCCAGUGAGACAGGUGGACGGUUUCAUUACUAUCAUAUUAUUUUGAGAGACCCUGAUGCUCCAAAACCUUCUGAGUGUGAGGAUAUAUAUCUGCUAAAGAAAGAGAUUGAAAGAGGAGAAAAAGAACUGAACACAAUACAUACCUUUUACACUGACAACGUAUUGAUGGAUUUGUUUAAUGGAGCAAAGGACCGCCAGGAUAAACAUCGCGGGCAGCCUUUUGCUGCAUCCACAGCAACCACACACGGUGAGGGACUGAAUCCCCCAUCUCCAGAUAGGCCAUAUUGGGCCUCUGAAGAGCCUGCAACGGCUUCGCCAGAACCUGGUACAGAUGGACGUCAGGGUCGCUCUGAAAGUCCUACCAGAAGGAAGAAAGCCUUAUACGCAGAACAAACAAGGAGUAGCAUGCUUAGGACGCAACGUUAUGCAGAAAAGCCUUCUGAACAAAGUCCAAAUGAAAGAGGAUCUCCCGAAAGAAAAAUGCCUGCUGCAGAGAAGAAACAAGAUAGAAAGAUAGAUAAAGACCCUUUAGAUAUCCCUUCCGCUACAUGGCUGAAGACUCAUGGUUUGGUUGCUAGGCGACUCACCAUAAUGGAUGCUUUGGCCCCAACAGCUGUUCCUCGCACAACCAAAUACAUUCCAAUUCUAGACAAACAUGUUGUUUCAAAAGUAUUUGAUGAUGUUCUCCCCUUUGCCCAUGUGAGCAACAAUAAGAAAUAUGUCACACUGAUCAAUCCUCAAGCAGUGAAUCUUGAUGCUUAUAAGAAGAAGUUGCAAGAAGCAAUCAAAGUGUAUGAAAGGCGACUUGAUCAGAUUAUUUGGAGAGCGUUACCUCAGGAGGAAAAAGACAAGUUUGAACAGAACAAGCCGGUCUCGUAUAUAGAACGUAAGGAAUCUUUGCUCCAGGCCUUAGAAAAUGCGAGUUGGCCCAUCGCCUACGAAGAGGUGAUGUUGUUGGAAGACGAGAUUCUGACAGGAUUAACGUAUGAACAGCAGGCCAUUGAACUUAAAGAAGCUUCCAAAGAGGAACCCCAGAGAAUCUGUCCCCUUCGGAUCUGCCCUGCUAAACAGAAAUUUCCAUCAAAGCUACAGGAAAAGAAGCCGCAGAAAGGAAAAAGGGUUGAUGCUCUCAAGGGCCACAAGGUCAUUGCAAGAUCAGAAAGCACGGGAUUUUACUACCCAGGGACGGUAAUACGAACCAUCACUCCCUAUUACGCACUUGUUGAUUUCAAUUCUGGGCACACGGAGAUUGUCCCCUUGAAGUUCAUUAUACCUGUGGGGGGUGCAAUGCCUUGUCCAUCCUUGCAGGUUGGAGACUAUGUAUUUGUAAGAGUUAGGAAACAAUUGGGAGACGAGUAUUACGUACCUGGUACUGUCAUAGCAACCCCCCUAAAAUCUGAUUUAGAUGAUAAAGUCUACACCAUUUUGAAAUACAACAACAAAAAGGCAUUCUGCGUACGAAACGGGCUUAUUAAAAUCAGCCAUAGAAGGUAUUCCUGUUCCUGCUGCUACAUAAAUAUGACCCGAAUGAUGGAUUAUCUUGUACCAAAUGUAAAAGUUGUGAAGCAUUUCCAUAGAGCGGUUGAAGAGGCAGAGACCAGAUGCAUCUCUGCCGGAGGUGAAUGGAAGAAGAAGAACAACAACAGAAGAGGAAGAGCAAAGAGCAAGAAGGAUCUCUGCAAAGCAUGGCCCUCUGAUGAGCAGCUGGCUGCCCCCAGAAGGACGGUGAAAAUAAGAGAAAGUAGUUUGUCGCCACCCUCUCAUAUGAAAGAUGGAUGUGCAGCACCUACUUAUCGUGGCUUACCACGUCCUCAUUCUUCACGAGGUGGAAAGCCGUGGCUGCCUUCCAAUGCUUCCGAGUUUAGGAUAACUAAGGCCCUCCGGAGCUGUGUUGAUCCUUUGCGCCAGAAGAGUGCCCCUCAACUUGUUAAGACGGCUGCCACCAGUAGCAGCAGCGAGACCUCCAUUUCGAGCAUCGAGAAGGUGGAAGAGCUGGCAAGACGGCUUCAGCAGUACCACAUCACUCAAAGGAAAAACAGCCUUGCCAUUUAGUUGUAAAUAAAGACUGCAAGUUGUGAACAGGGGAGCAGGGAGGGGAGGGGUCUAGUUGCCAGUUAUGAAACCGUAUUAUAUCAACACCAAAAUAAACCAUUUAAUUUGAUAUUAAACUUUUUUAAUAUUAAAA